AAAUUUAAAUUUCAAAAACAGUACACAUAUCAUAAAAAGCGGAACGACAACGGCAACCACCAGCCAGCUGUCAACUACCAUUAUUAUUAUUUUUGUAUAGAAAAAUAUCAGCCUUCAAACAAAAGCAUCCAAGAACUCAUUUCCUAUAUAUUCCCUUUCCCGGAAACCCUAACCCGCACUCAGAAAAUCUUCUCCAGAGCGUCUUUGCAUACGCAUCUGGCUUUUUUCCUUCCUUCUUUCUGUCAAUCUAGCUUAAGUUCUUAGGAGAAAGAAAGUUUUAGCGAAAAUGAGAGAGUGCAUUUCGAUCCACAUCGGACAGGCCGGUAUCCAGGUUGGCAACGCUUGCUGGGAGCUCUACUGCCUCGAGCAUGGCAUUCAGCCUGAUGGACAAAUGCCCAGUGAUACCACAGUUGGUGGCGGUGAUGAUGCCUUCAACACUUUCUUCAGCGAAACUGGUGCUGGAAAACACGUUCCUCGUGCAGUGUUUGUGGACCUUGAGCCAACUGUGAUUGAUGAGGUGCGCACUGGAACAUACCGUCAGCUUUUCCACCCUGAACAGCUCAUCAGUGGCAAAGAGGAUGCUGCCAACAACUUUGCCAGAGGUCAUUACACCAUUGGCAAAGAGAUUGUGGAUCUCUGCCUUGAUAGGAUCCGCAAGCUGGCAGACAACUGCACUGGGCUACAGGGAUUCUUGGUUUUCCAUGCUGUUGGUGGCGGCACUGGAUCUGGGCUUGGAUCCCUUCUCCUGGAGAGGCUCUCGGUUGACUAUGGGAAAAAAUCAAAGCUGGGCUUCACCAUAUACCCUUCGCCUCAGGUCUCCACUGCCGUUGUUGAGCCUUACAACUCUGUCCUCUCGACCCAUUCUCUGCUGGAGCACACCGAUGUCGCUGUUCUUCUCGACAAUGAGGCUAUCUAUGACAUCUGCCGCAAAUCUCUCGACAUUGAGAGGCCCACCUACACUAAUCUCAACAGGCUCAUUUCUCAGGUAAUUUCCUCCUUGACAGCCUCUCUGAGGUUUGACGGCGCCCUGAAUGUGGACGUGAACGAGUUCCAGACGAACCUUGUCCCGUACCCGAGAAUUCACUUCAUGCUCUCGUCUUAUGCUCCUGUAAUCUCGGCUGAGAAGGCCUACCACGAGCAGUUAUCAGUUGCUGAGAUCACCAACACUGCCUUUGAGCCUUCGUCCAUGAUGGUGAAAUGUGACCCACGACAUGGAAAGUACAUGGCUUGCUGCCUCAUGUACAGAGGUGAUGUGGUCCCAAAGGAUGUUAAUGCAGCUGUGGCCACUAUCAAAACCAAACGCACCAUUCAGUUUGUCGACUGGUGCCCGACUGGAUUCAAGUGCGGCAUCAACUACCAGCCACCAACUGUGGUCCCUGGUGGUGACCUGGCAAAGGUGCAGAGGGCCGUGUGCAUGAUAUCGAACUCGACCAGUGUUGCUGAGGUGUUCUCGAGGAUUGACCACAAGUUUGACCUGAUGUAUGCGAAGAGGGCCUUUGUGCACUGGUACGUGGGUGAGGGCAUGGAGGAAGGGGAGUUCUCGGAGGCCAGGGAGGAUUUGGCUGCGCUUGAGAAGGAUUAUGAGGAGGUUGGUGCAGAGAGUGCUGAGGGGGAUGAGGACGAGGAUGAGGGCUAUUGAGUGUCGAUUGUCUGUCUCAUCUUCUGUUUCUGUGUUUUGAAUUUGAACUCUCUUUGUGCUGUCAUGAUUUUUUCUGUUUUUGUGUGUUUGUUUCUGGGUGAGUGUGGUGGUGUUUGAACUCAAGUGUGUGUCAUUUGGUUGUUGCUUGUUGUUUGGGUUUUCGGUGGUGGUGUUAAUCUCCUUCUAUGAAAUACUACUCGUCUUUUAUUUGGUUUUUAAUGUCAGUACUUUUUGUUAUAAGUAUUUCAAUUCUAAACCAAUACUAUUUAUUAAUUAUAUAGGGUGUGAAUGACUACUUUGUAUUUGAUGUAAUUUUAUAUUUUAUGAUUGUGCCAUUGGAAUUUUAUUUACAACUAGGAAAUAUAAUUGUGCCAUUAGGAAUUUUAUAUUUCCUAGUUGUAAAUACAUUCUUUUAUU